AUGCAGCGUGGGGGCGGGACCAGCGCGCGCGGGAAGCGCAGGCACCCCGCCGCACAGCCCCGCGGCCAGCAGGAGGGGCCGGCCCUGCUUUUAGAUUCUAAUCAAGAAAAUGAUUUGCUAUGGGAAGACACGUUACAUGAAAGAACUGUUACUGAACUACCCCAGACUCCACAUGUAUCAUUCUCUGAAUCGGAUACUCUGCUUCCAAAAAGUACCAAGUUACCUGUAGACUGGAGUAUUAAAACUCGACUCCUUUUCACCUCUUCUCAACCCUUUACCUGGGCAGAUCAUUUGAAAGCACAGGAAGAGGCUCAAGGUCUUGUCCAGCAUUGUAGGGCAACAGAAGUUACUUUGCCCCAAAGUAUACAGGAUCCCAAACUCUCCACUGAGCUCCGUUGUGCCUUCCAGCAGAGCCUUGUCUAUUGGCUACACCCUGCUUUGUCCUGGCUAUCACUGUUUCCACGUAUUGGAGCUGAUAGGAAAAUGGCUGGAAAGACAAGCCUUUGGUCAAGUGAUGAAACCCUGCAACAUGUAUUAAUGAGUGACUGGUCUAUGAGCUUUACUUCUUUGUAUAAUCUGCUGAAGUCAAAACUUUGCCCCUAUUUCUACGUUUGCACAUAUCAGUUUACUGUCCUGUUUCGUGCAGCAGGAUUAGCAGGAAGUGAUGUGAUCACAGCUCUCUUAUCUCCCACAACUAGAGGUUUAAGGGAAGCUAUGAAAAAUGAAGGUAUUGAAUUUUCUCUGCCUUUAAUAGAAGAAAAUAGCCAUAAGAAGAAAGCGUAUGGAACAAGCCUGGGACAUGGGGAGCAGCAAGCAAUCAGUGAUGAAGAUGAAGAGGAAAGUUUUUCUUGGUUGGAAGAGAUGGGUGUGCAUGAUAAAAUUAAAAAGCCAGAUAUACUCUCUAUCAAGCUGCGUAAAGAGAAACAUGAAGUACAAAUGGAUCACAGACCUGAGUCUGUUCUUUUGGUGAAAGGAACCAACACAUUUACAUUGCUCAACUUUUUGAUCAACUGCAAAAGUUUAGUUGCUACCUCAGGUCCACAGGCAGGACUUCCACCAACCCUUUUAUCGCCAAUAGCAUUCCGAGGUGCCACAAUGCAAAUACUUAAGGCGCGGAGUGUUAAUGUGAAGACACAAGCUCUUUCUGGAUACCAAGAUCAAUUCAGUUUGGAGAUUACAGGUCCAAUCAUGCCUCAUGCUCUAUAUUCUAUAACCAGGCUACUCAAAUCUUCACAGAGUGGGUCAUUCUCUGCAGGACUCUAUCCACAUGAGCCAACAGCUGUAUUUAAUAUCUGCCUACCACUGGAUAAAGUACUGGAUAAAGAAGCUAUUCAUAAGGAACUGGCUAACUGCGGGUUGCACCCGAAGACUUUGGAGCAACUUAGUGAAAUACCAUUACUGGGGAAAUCAUCUUUACGGCAUGUGGACAUGAAUGACUACCUUUGUAAUUGGAGAUCCUAAACAUCAAAGUAAGCCUUAAAGGAAUCUUUGAGGAAAAACCUCCUAGCAAAAAAACUCAAGAUUCUUUUGUCUUUACAUUUCCUUUUGGAAGUUAAAGGAAUAUACUUAAAUAUUGAAAUGUUUACACUCAACUUUUAAUUUUAUUACAUGCACUGAGCAAUAGUGUAAAGAUUGUAAAUCAACAUUUUGGU